CAAUGUGGAGAAGAAGAACAGGGGCCAAGACUUCAUCUUUUUGGCUUGCAUCUUCUGCUCGUUCGAGAUUCAUCACGACCCAAUAUGAUCCCUGAAUCACUCGUCAAUCUUACUUGGGAUUCUUGUCAUGUCGACGCCAUUUCUUGUCGAAAUCACAAGUAAUGAUUGACGAGUCUUUCAUGGGUCGUAUUCUCCAAGAUCCAUAUCCAUUCUUUCUUUGCCUCGGUCUGUCGGUGAGAGUUUGCAGCAGUUGCAGAAAUGAGGGAAUCACUUCCCCAAGUGCAGCAACUAGCCAGCCUCCUUCAUUUACAUUGCAAGAUGGCUUAUUUGGAAAUGGUCAGCAUGACAAUGACUCCGAAAUUUCAUUAGUCGAUCUGCCGGUGGGAUUCCGAUUCAGACCAACAGAGGAGGAACUUGUCAAUCAUUACUUGAAGUUGAAGAUACUCGGCAACAAAAUGGUCGAGCGGAUAAUUCCCGAGGUUGAUGUCCAUCAAUUGCCACCUUGGGAUUUAUCCAGCAAGAUAAAUGAAUUAUCCAGUAUAAACUCAGAUAGUGAUGAAUGGUUCUUCUUCUGUCGUCUGCAAAAUAAGUACCCUCAAAGUAAACGGACUAGAAGGUCAAAUGAUUAUGGUUCUUGGAAGCCUACUGGCGAAACUCGUGAAAUCAGGACACGAGACAAAAAGAACAUAUUAGGUUUGAAGAAAAUUUUGGUUUUCAAAAAGCGUCAAAGUCCCAAAAAUGCCCAGACCAAAUGGGUACUGCAUGAAUAUCAUUUGAAUGCUGAUCUUAUUGGCAACACCCUCACUGACCAGAGUGACUUCGUUCUUAACCACUUGAAGAAACACCCUGAUAAGACGGGUAUGAAAAAUUCAAAGACUCGGAAGACCAACACAAGUACAUCUUUUAUGCCUAAAGAAGGCAUCAGAAGUAGCUGUAACAUGCCCAAUGAAGUCAACAACACAAGUAUCUCUAUUAUGCUUCGAGAAGGUAGCAGUAGUAUCUGUAACACAAUCGAUGAAGCCAACAACACAAGUUGCUCCAAUGCAUUAGUAACAGCCAAAAGCACAAUAACUGAAGAAAUUCCGAAGGAAUCUUUAGAAGAAAAUGUGCAGCAACCACGACUGCCAAUUCUCUCACCAGAAUGCAACUCAUCAGAAUGUGAUUUCUCUGCAUCUCCACAGCCACCCACAGCGACCGGGGAGCAAUUGACUCAUGAUUUGUCAUAUCAGGAUGUGGAGUCUUAUUUUGCUGAUAGUGAACUACUAGAAGAGAUAUUAGGGAUGUUGAACUCGAAUAGGUAGUUCUAACUUGACCACUCUUCCGAAGAAAGCAUUAUAUAAGCUUUUUUCGGCUAGGUAAUUGGUUUGCAUCCACUGGCUUGGAUGCACUCUUCAAGUGCUGAUAAAGAGUACGCCCAUGGUGUGUCGCCAGAAAAAAUAUUUUCCUUGUGGUAAAGAAUGUGCAUGGAUCAAAUGCAUUCAUUGAUGUACAUUAUUUGCGUAAUGAUUUUUUUUUAUAAGCUGCAUAAUGAGUUAUUUGUUAUAGCAGUAGGUGAAAUUUCGAGUGGCGGUUUUGCCAAAAAUGUACCUGACAGCUGUUUGGCUUUCUCC